AUUUCAUCAAUCUUCGAGCAGCUUGGAGCUUGGGUGCGGUUAGAAUCGACCGCGCGCACAACGCACGCACCAACGUAUCGCUCAUUUACUUCUUAUACCCGGCCAUCUCUCAAUAUCCUCGUCUCUCUCCUCAAGAAGCAGCAGGCAUCAUGAACAAGCAAGCUGCCGUCGAGCGCGGGCGUGCUCUCGCCCGCUCCUUUGUCGCCCCGAGUGGCUCGCUCUUCCCCUGGGUGCCCAAGCCCAUCAAGCUCCUUUUCCUCCUCCUCGUCUUCCUCAACUCGUCUUCCUUCCCCUUCCUCUGGCACAUCCGCGUCUGGGUGCACCCCAUCAAGGCGUGGUUGGCGGCCAAGGUCCUUGGCCACAGGCGAUACUGGAUCGGCUGGCGGCGCAAGUAUGAGGCUAUGGGCGGGCUCGCGAACAUGCGCGUCAAGAGCUGGCGCCGCGCUCUCUUCGACGACUGCGACUACAACCUUCAUCUUUCCAACUCGGCGUAUGCCAAGAGCAGCGACGCGAACAAGAUGAAGUUCUGCAUCGACGCGUUUGCCCCCUGCUUCGUUACCGGCAUCCACAUGGCCCUGGGAGCUAGCCACUGGCAGUACAUGCGCGAGGUCCCCAUGGGCAGCAACUACCUCAUGGAGACGAGGAUAGGAGGAUGGGGCGACAAGUGGAUUCACUGCGUCACCGAGUUUGUCAUCUACCCCGGCAAGAGCAAGAAGGCACGCAAGCCCGAUGUGGCCGACAAGCCGACUGCGCUGCCGCACAUCGACAUCCCGAGCAGCGGCACUGACAGCGGGAUCGACACGCCUGAGAACGGGUACGCGAACGGCUCGGCCAACGGGUCCGCCAACGGCGUCGCGCACAAGCCGACGACAGUCUCGCACGACGAGCUGAUGAAGCGGCUCAUGCUCAAGGCUCGCGAGCCGCGCGCCGACGGCGGCAUCGUCACCUGCAUCGCCGUCACCGACUACUGCUUCAAGCAGGGACGGAUAACGGUCCCGCCCCGCAUUGCCAUGCACAUGUCGCUCCUGAGCCCGAACGAGGAGCGCCGUGCCCACGCCCUCAAGCUGUUGACGGGGCCGGACGGCGGUGCGGCCUUCUGCCGCGGCGGCUGGAAGAACGACCCGCUUGCGGACGAGCUGGGCCGGGACGUCGGCCUCGGCGACGACGGGACGCAGGGGUGGGCGGAGGCGGCCAAGGGCCACAUGGAGGGCGUGGGCGCUGCGCUGCUCCAGGUCGCGCUCGCGAGCCCAUAGGCCGACUCAAGCCGUUGGUCCUCCUUGCUGGGCAGCAUCUAGACUGCCCGGCCUCACAUCCUUAGUCAUAGCUCGCCCUAGUGAGUUAAUCAUAUGCAUCACACCCAUUAUACUACAUAUGUACACGUAGUUGCACUGCUGUUCUCGAACCAAGCAUGUAUGCAUAUUCUGCCGCUG